CAUUACUGCUCAAACUGUACUGUAUUGCACUUGAUACUACUGUUAUUUUUGUGUACAUCAAACAACUUGUUGAUUGAUCAAUAAGUGAUUGUGUCGUCUUAGGAACUAAAUAACAAUUACUAUAUUAAUUAAAAAUUUUCAGUGUGUGAGUUUCAAUUGAUUAAUUUAUUUGAGUGUAGUUUAUUUAUACUAUUCAAGUAGUGUUUGACUUUGUGAAAAUUAAUAUUAUGUAUCUUAAACUAACCCUUUCACUCUAGGCCCUAGAUUAUUUCAGUGUGAAUGGCAGCGGGCGGAUCAUGAGCGACGAGAGUAUCAAUGAGGCGUUGCUGGAGAAACUGCGGCAAUGUGCACUCAAACCAGCGGAGAACAUGGAACAGCUGAGAUCUGUUGCGGCCAGACUGCACAGCAGGGCCGGCUCUCAGGACAGAACGAUACGGGAGCACACCCUGGAGCGUCUGCGGCGGAAGAAACCCGACUUGAUGCCUUUACUGCUGAGUCUACUGGAGAAUGUGCGGGACCAAAUCACAGCUGCCAGCAUUGCGGGCAUCCUACACGAGUGUAUUUCACCCAAGUCAGGGGUAAGUCGUUCCACAGCUCUGCGGAGGCUGGUUGACCUCAAUGCUACCAACAUCAUUGUUAAGAUGAUUACCCAGUGCUCAUCCCAAUCAACAAAUCUUCCCGAACCACUUCUCCAAGAGCUUGUCUUAAUUCUUGGCCAACUUGCUCAAAAAGAUACAAAAUUCUCAUUGAAAAUACGCUUAUUAAACAGUGUGAAAACAUUCCAUUACUUGUUACGGGUCCACUACCACAACCACAAUAAGAUGCUGGUGCCAGUCCUUAUCAUCUUGAAGACACUUGCGAGAAAUACCAACACGACAGCACAGCUGGUGAAGGAUGGUAUAGCGAACACAAUGGAGAAGGCACUGGUACAGAUUGGUUUCUCCCCCAGUAUAAGACUACGACUCCUCCUGAAUGUUCUGAAUUAUUUAACCAAAAAUAACAGGUUCUGCAUGUGGAUGGUACGCACGGGCCUGGUGCAGAUGCUGGUGAAGAUGUUUGAGCGUUGGGAGCGCUACGACGGCAAGAUGCGAAUCAAGAUCUGCAACUACACUCUACUUACUCUGCAACAUGUCUGCGCCACAAAAGCUGGAAGAAAUGCUAUUCGGGGCUGUAAUGGACACACGGUCCUUUACAAGUUUUGCACAUGGUGUCCAGAUGAGAAGGUAUAUGAUGGUUUAUUGACACGUGUCUGCAGCAUCGUGUCCAUGUGCAUGGAGAAACGAGAACUUCCUCUGGCUUCUCUUACCAGCCCAGCACAGUUCUUGCUACCUGCUGACACCGUGGUCUCAGACAGGGAGUUGGAGAGUGAUGACAGUGGUGGGGAUGAGAGUGGUGAUGACAACAGGGAUGAUGACUUUGAUGACCGAGACAUUCUACAAAACUGUGGUCUUCCUCCAGUUAGUCAACGGGACCUUGACGAUCUCAAAGUGUAUGACGGGUUCUGGUGCGAGAUGAGUGGUCAGGAGUCUCCCCCGAACAGCCCCUCAACCCUCCUCUCCCCUUACUACACGGACCCAGCUCACAUAUGCAGGUAUAGUGAUGUGGAUGAUGUGAACAUGUUGAUGCUGUCUGGUACUGGUUCCUACUGCCCUCAACUUGACAAUAAGAGUGUAACGCUGACAUCGCUUAAAUACAUCAAGAAGGAUGCCAACUACCGCACUGUGUACUGUCAUAUAGCCUCACGUGUGCGUAGUGUGCUACCGUUUGUCAAGGUAGCCUACCCGGACCUGGUUGGGGGAGAGAGUGUCACCUACGACGAGCCACUCAACGCCAAAGAUCGCAGGACUUGUCGGACAAAACUGCUGACAAGUGUGGAGAGAGGAUUAAGACAAGAGACUGCCACCAAGGAGGUGUGUUAUGACUUGGACCAGCUUCUGGUUAACAUGAGCACUCGAGUCAGUAGAGACUUGUGCAAUUACGAUGAGCAAAGAGUGGGUGUCAAGGAGGUUAGUCAUUCUAGACUCACUUUUGAGUCGAGAUUUGAGAGUGGAAACCUUCGAAAAGCCAUUCAAGUGGGGGCCAGAGAAUACGACCUGAUGUUGUGUGCUGAUGUCAAUUCCUCCGAACACUGCACCUGGUUCUAUUUUGAGGUAUCCAAUAUGGAAGCGGGAGUACCGUACGUGUUCAACCUGAUCAACUGUGAGAAGGCAAACUCACAGUUCAACUACGGCAUGAAGCCGCUGCUGUAUUCGGUGCAGGAGGCAAUGGCAGGUCGACCGGGCUGGGUGAGGGCAGGUGCUGAUAUCUGCUACUUCCGCAACGCCUACCCCUCGAGCACCCGCCGGCGCACCUACCUCUCCCUCACCUUCACUAUUAAGUUCCCCCACUCCCUGGACGUAUGUUACCUGGCCUACCAUUACCCGUAUACUUACUCUCAACUCUUGAGCAGGCUGUGGGGAUGGAGUCAGACUGUUUGCAGAGAGUCUGUGUAUCUGCGAGCUGAGAGCUUGUGUCAGUCUCUCAACUUCAACGAGACACCAGUUGUCACCAUCACUGCCCCCUCCACCUACCAGAACCUGAUCCGGGACAGAGAGGUGGUGUUCCUGACAGCCCGUGUACAUCCUGGGGAGUGCAACUCAUCCUGGGUGAUGCAAGGAGUGUUGGAGUACCUGCUCAGUGAUUCGCUACCCAUCGUGCGAGCCAGGGAUCAGUAUGUGUUCAAAGUUGUGCCCAUGCUCAACCCUGAGGGCGUUAUCAACGGUUGCCACCGAUGUGGGUUAACCAAUGAGGAUCUCAACAGGAGAUGGAGUCAGCCCAGUCCAGUACUGCACCCAGUCAUCUACCAUACUAAAGGUCUGCUGGAUUAUAGUGUGAGGGUUCUCAAGAAGGUGCCGUACGUGUUCUGUGACAUUCAUGGCCAUUCUCGCCGCAAGAACGUGUUCCUCUAUGGCUGCUCCAACCAGGACAGUUGGCUCUUCAGCGACCGUGCUCAGCCUGACAUUCCCCUUGACUACCUGGUCUUGCCCAAUAUCAUGCAGAAUUACUCAGUGGGGUUCUCGUUGCCGCUGUGUAAGUUUGGUUUUGAGAGACACAAGGAGGCGACUGCCAGGGUAACUGUCUGGCGGGAGUUUGGGGUCAAACGCAGCUACACCAUGGAGUGCAGCUUCUGUGGCUGGGACAUUGGCAUGUACAAGGGCAACCAACUGAAUACCACCCAUUUGAAGGAGGUGGGUGGCAGUUUGUGUGCGGCGAUAGCUUGUCUGCGCGAUGAGACACAGUGGCGCUCGCAGGCUGCUCAGAUCACAGUGCAGGACAACAGCGGGCUUUCGACGACUGAGAAGGAGGUGGGAGAGCUGACAAUCACAGAGAGUCAGGAACAAUCGGACUCAAGUUCUGAAACCGAGGAAGAGGAAGGCUCUUAACACCUAUGUCAAUUGUUGUUGUUGCAACACUAUACGGCAUUUGCAGUAUUAUUUAUUUUGUUGUCCGUUUUUAAUAAAUUAUUGUUUACAAUGAUUACUAGAGAUUUGUAAGCUUUUACUGCUUGAUAUGAGUAUUACCGGAAGUAUUAGACUUUCUCUUGGUGUGUUGAAUCACGUGUUUAGGGUUUAUAGUUGCUGCACUGAAGUAGAAAUUGUGGUUGUGAUUGUUGUGAUAUUUCUUUGUGAUUAUUGUUUCUGCGAUUUAGCCUUACAUUUGGUGCCUUCUCACAUGUUUCAAAAUUGUGUUGGGAUUGUUAAUGUUAUUAACAUUGUAAAAUGUGGGAAAUGUAACCGAUACAGUAACUGGACCUUUCCAAAGUCAUGUAGGGUUAUAUUUUAUACUAAUUACUACAACUCUUCAUAGUUCAUAAAUUUUAUAUAUCACCAGGUAUGUUCUUGAAUGAGGCAAAUAAAUUCAAUAUUGUGGAUGCUAUGCCAGAUAUAGUCUCAUAUAUCACCUUGCUCACAAGUAGUGACCUAAUUUGAUCGACAGUAUUUUUUUUAAGCCUUGCAGACUGUUAGAACUAUAAUCAUUUUUUUACAUGAACAUUAAUAACUAAGAAUCAAGAAUUGUAAAUGACAGGUUACAUUACAAUGUAAACAAUCAAUAAAAUUAGCUAAUAAGCUGAUUAUUCAUAAAGUUAUUUAUGAAAUCCAAGAUUGAACCUUGAAAGAUAUCAACAUGUUAAGAGUUCUGAAGGAAAUUGUUAAUGAAUCAUUCAACUCAGUAAUUUCUCCAAUAGUUUACCAAUCAGAUAAACACUUAUAUUGGCAGUUCUCUGAAACCAGUAGAAUAUGUUUACAAAUGAAUUUUGCAAAUUUAAUUUGCUAGGUGUAAUUUACAACACUAUUUGGAAUUGGAAAUGAAAUGGUGGUAGUUCUUGGGAAUUUUCAGAAUUCCCUCAUUAAAGCUCAUUAAAGAACUCAAUAUUGAUUAAAUGCCUAGUUGUUGAGUCAGUUCUAAUGUUGGUGAACAGUAAAACCUGUAUUUUUUGACUGUUUGCAACAGUCUUAAUUAAUAUUGAUAUUCCAAAUAACCUUCGUAAAUAUUCCUAAUAGGCCAAAUUAACAUACUACCUAAAUAAAAAAUGGUAUAGUAAAUAAUAAUCAUCUGAUAACAGUUUCAGAAUUCUGUCACAACCCAUCACACUCACAUGUGACAUGACACAUUUCACCAUCCACACUAUUUGUAUUCUGGUUUUUCUUUCAGGACUAUACACAACCCCUUUUCUUUUCACAACACAAUCCUAUUCCUGUACUCAAUCUAUCUUUUCCCUUCCUCCUAGUAUUCUGCCUCAUACCUCCCCUAGUAUAUUAACCUCUUUCUCUGUGUCCCAUCCUCCAAAGAUGUACGUGUACAAAUUGUACAUUACUAAACCAUUUCAUCCUAACCUUUUGUAUAUUAUCUUGUGGUGGUCAUUCAUUCGACCUAUUUAAUUUUUCUUCACUCUUUGUCUCUCAUUCACAUUCAUUUUUGCAAACACUCAUGACAGAGGACCAAAGAAGUGCUGACAUCUAGUAUAAAAUGCCAAAACUACUUGCGUGAUUCACGGUUGUAAACAAAAUGCUUCUUGCGCAAUAGUACAACAAACAACAGCAUAAAACAGGAACAUAUAACGAUGUGUAAUAUUAUGUCAGUAACACACUUUUACGCAACCACUAUGAACAUAAUUUUAUGUCAAAAACCGUGAAGGGGUGAAAUUCUGUCUUUGGUCAUAGCACUUUUUGCCAGUACCAUCAACCCUGUAAAGUAGUACUCUAUUGACUCUCCCUCUUAUGCUGUUUGAUAAGAUUCCUCCUCAGGCCAGUGGCUCAUGAGACUGGUAGAAUAAGAUUUGAAAGGAGACCAAUCUCUCCUUUAAAAAAUUGUUCUAAAAAUUAUGCUUUUUGUGUUUAUACUAUUAAAUGUACAGUGGCAGUGGAGUUAAAUAGUCAGUCUAUGCCCCUAAAACAGGUAUCAAGUUAGUCCCUUAUGCAAGAAAUUAAUAAUUUUAUGCAUGUUUAGGAUCUGUUUUUCUAAUUUAAGUUAUUGCAGGUUUUGUUUUGUGUGUUACAAACCUGAAUGGGGUGCCCAUGUAACAUUAACAGUGGUUAGCGGACAUUGUAUCUUUAAAAAGUACACUAUAGAUUUGAAUUCAUUUGGUUUUUUGUAAGUUCUUGUUAAAUUAUGUAUUUUAAAAUUACACAUAACAUCAUAUUUAUCAUAAGAAAAUAAAGUAAUACACAAAAUAAAACUUUGAAAAAGACCAUAUUUACAUACAAUUUCACUUCUAGAAUGCUUGUGCUCAAAAGACAUGUGUGAAGGCUUACCAUUCGUACUGUAUUAUGUUAGCAAGAAAAUGCAGCUAUAGGAAAUAUUAUUCUUUAUUCUGUUAAAGAAAUAUCAUCAAGUAAGGAAAUGUACUUCUAAUUGUUUUAAAAGCAUUAAAUAUUGCAAUUAUAAUACUUGAACAGGUAAUUGUUUAGUACAAAAUCAAACUCUAAAAGUGUAUAGCAUUAAUUUUUGUUUUAGAUAAUUUAUAUUGCAAUUAUUUCUGUUAUUUAUAUUGUAGUGUGAUACUAUUUGUUAUUUGUUUAUAGUAGUGCAGAUUUUUUUAUUUAUAGAUUGAAAUGUUUAAUUGUAUUAUUCUGUAUGAAUUAAACAAUAUUUUGACCUUUUUAAAAACAGACAUUUAGGUUGAAAUUUAGUUUAAACUACUAAAGAUGAGUAUCACGUGCAUGCAUCGUGAAUUCUGUGAAUCCAAGAACUGCAGUUGUGAUUCCUUUAAGCAGCCAAGGUACGAAAACCAUGUUAACAAACAAUUUUACUCUACGUUUGGAUCAAAUCCUACACCAGAUGUUGUACAAGAUGCUAGUGAAUUAGCACUCUAUACAAUUCCUGCCAUUACUACAGCAUAUUACCACAUCUAGAACCUAGCAAUUAACCAGGAGAUUCAAUAAAUAAACUGACUUUCCUGAUUUAUCUGAGCUAUCAACAAGCUCAUAGAUAUUAUGAGAUCGUCGUUUACUAUAUUACUAGUACUAGACAUUUAAAAUUCAUGCUAAAUAACUUUAAAUUCAUUAGGGAUGUAAAAAAACAUCUGAAGUUGAUGGGAUCAAGCCUAUUUCGGAUAAGAUAGAGCAUAGUUAACAACUUGCUUCUGGUUGGUAUUGAAAUAUAAAAACUGAGCAGUGUCACCACACACAGUCAGGCUUGUACUCAGACCGGUUUUAGGGACAGUUUUGUAAACUUGUCAGUGAGGGUGGCGAUACAUGACGAGGUCUGGCCGGAUAUCUUUUCUGGAGCUUACCAAAACUGAGUACAGCCCUGCACACAGUAUACACUGUCAAGGAUCGGUGUUCUAUAUAUAUAUAUAUAUAUAUAUAUAUAUAUAUAUAUAUAUAUAUAUAUAUAUAUAGUGUAAAAACUUAAUCUAUUCCUAAUGGAAUACAAUCUAAUGGCACUAUAGUAUAUAUACACUAAGUUUAAAUUUGUUAUGUUGGAAAUUUUUACAAAAUAAUCACAUUUAUUUGUUAAAACAACAAUAUUUAUGUGAACAUCAACACUGCCGACAGUUCAGGCUGGCUUUUAGCAGCAGUCCCUUUUAAUAAUAAAUUGUUCUCUGUUGUAACACAACCAGUAGUCAGACAGUAUGAUUGUCAUUAUGCAGAAAAGUAUAAAAAAAUUUAAAAAUUUUAGUUGAGUAAUUCUUAUAAUGUACUUUGGAUAAUCCAGAAUUGUGAGUAACCACAUAACAAGUAAAACAGCUUGUUGCAGCUAGGAAAGUGAUUAACCUGUAUAAAUACUUAUUCUUAGAUUACCACAGUUUUAUUUUGAUCAUAAUGUUGUCUAAUUCAGCAUAAAUACUGUAUUUUUCAUCUUAUAUAUACUUAUGUUUUGAAUAUAAAUGUUUAUUUUUAUAUA